AAGUCUAAGUGAUCAUCCACUUUAUUUUAAAACUCAUAAUUUCCUCGGAAAAGCUAAGCCGGAGUUGCAAGAGAGGGUUAGAUAAUGGAUUCGUUUGUUUCCGAGAAUGUUGAGGCUGAGAAAGUUGACGCCAUGAGGAGGUUCGAGGGGAGGAGAAAGUUUUUGAAGUUUCUUCCGGCAGUUGAAGCUCUCGUUGCCGUGUUACUUCUACUCUAUUGGUUAACGUCAACUUUCUUCGCCGGUGAGUAUCUCCGGAGUAUUAUUUCUAGUGGUUUGACCGGCGCCGGAAUAUACAUAUUUGGCGUCGUGAACGUUCUCAUCGCCCUGAUCUUCUCUUUAUCUAACAACCAGAAGCUAACCGAACACGAUCUAUAUUUUCAAUACGUUUCCUCCUCGGCCGCCACUCCUGGUAGCGGUUUCUCCUCUUCCGCAACAUCUCCUGUUGGCGGUUUCUCCUCCUCCGCCCUAGUUUCAAGAUCUUUGGCAUCCGAUAGCGAAGAAAAGACUUCAGAAGGAAUGCCGGGUACGGACUUUACCUCCGUUAGUCUAACCGCCGGAGAGGCACGACCAAUGAAGCGAGAGAUGGUCCGGGCGGUAAGUUCUGUGGGGGAGACAGCUCAUGCUAUAAGGAGGAAGCAAGAAAUGACUUUUCUGCCUCCAGCUACUACUGAGAGUACAGCUACUGAUCAUCAUGUUUAUAGAAGGUCGAGAUCGGAGAGGAUUUACGUGCGGGGAGAUCUACGCCGGAGUAUGAGACGGUUGUGUGAUAUGGAUGAUCUGAGCAGCGAUGAGUUUAGGUCAACGGUGGAGACGUUUAUAGCAGGAAAAAAGAAGAUGUUGUCCAAGGAAUGGGUGAAGCCGUGAUUUAUUAUUAGGAGGAACACUAUUGUUAGCCUUUAAUUUAACGUUCGAUUUGGAUAUAAAUAUUUCUUGGUGAC